UAUGCGCCAAAUGAAAGUUGACAAGGCAAGAGUGUUUUCUUCCGUUUUCUACAUUUUAAUCGUCGGCUCUGUGAAUAGCUCGUUUUUUUUGGUAAAUAGAGAAAAUUGAGUAUGUCUAAGUAUAUAAAAUUCAUAGUGAAUAGCCAAUAAAAAUGGUGUAAAUUGCAAUUAAUUUGUAGAAUGUUGUUUCUCUACGUGAGACUGUAAUUACUGGAAUUUGUGUAGUUUUAUUUAUUGAAACAUUGUGGCUGGGUAAUCUGGCACUGAUGCGGUAUGAAGGAAACACUUAAGCUCUGUGCAAUCCAGAAAGAGAGUUGAUCGUGUUAUCAAUAUGGGUCUGAGUCAUUAUUAUCUCACUUGUCCCUAUGCCAGAAAUCUCUCUAAUCCGUCUUUUUAUUGGACACAAUUGGUGAUGUUUUGGAAGUCAUCGUGAAUCAACACACCUGUAAUUGGGCGACAUAAUAGAAAUAUUUAUGACGAUUGUAUCAGAGAAAUUUCCCCAUAAAAAUACGCUAUACUCCCCCUCUGGCAGCGAGUUAAUGACGUGAGUGAAGAGUACGUGAAAGACUGUCGAAAACGAAGGUGGAAACACAAGACAUUGAGAGCUUUAUCAGUGAAAUUUUGAUAAAGAGAGACAAGAAAAGAAGAGAAAAAAAUGACGAGUGUGUUGUCGGCGGGAAAGUACCGCUCGCGGAAAGAUUGGAGCACAAGCUCUAUUCCGACACUGGUGUCUCUCGAGGAGGAGUCCACGACGCCCACUGAGGAGAAGGAGGACAAUGGAAUUCCACCUAAGCCGCCAAGGCGCUCAUCUCUGGCCAUGGGACUGUUGGGACUCAGUCCUACCGUGAGCAAUAACAACACGGCUGAAAAGCCGAGCAAGCGACGGAGCUCCAUUGCUGUGGCAUUUCUAGGACGGCGCGAGAGUGGUCAGAAGAACAAGGACCAAUUCGGCGAAAUGCCAUCAAUUGGACGUCUGAAGAGUGCCACUGAUAGCGAGAAUGGAAUGGCCAAUUCGGAGAAUGGGGAUCAUCUUCAUGCGGAAUUGCCUGGCAGGCGGCACAGGCGGUCAUCGUGGCAGGCAAAAUUUGAGCGACGACGCCGAAAGGUUGGCCUUCCACCCACGGUGGAUGACAAUGAGAUGGCGGAUGAACCGCCAAUGGGCUUAGGAGGACGCCAAAAGAGGCACUCGUGGUGGAAUAUUCUCAAGCCGGAAAAUCUGAAGCAGAGGUCUCGUAGAUCAAGUCAGGCUGAUGUUGAUAUUUUAUCUCGCACGGGAGGUCCAGUCUUUCGGAGUAAAUCAAGGAGUGUGGAUCAUGGUUUGGCUCCAUUUGAUUUGGACUCGCUCAAGUCGAAGGUGGAAGGCAGAAUUGACAGCGUGGAGCGCUUAUCAAGAGAUGCUGAGAAGAAGAAAGCCCCACCAAUUCCAACAACAACUUAUACAGUUGGCGAUCGAGAUACUCUAACAUCAGUGGCAGCAAGAUUUGAUACGACACCCUCUGAAUUGUCAAAGCUCAAUAGAUUGGUGAGCUCAUUCAUCUAUCCUGGACAGCAGCUAUUGGUUCCUGAUAAGUCAGCUAUCGUGGAAAGUGGUGAAGGUUCUACCACUUCUGGCAAGUCUAGUCCGACAGGAAAAUCCACAGAUGAUUUACACGAGGAGAAAGAGUUGCUUGAUGGCUUACGACCAGGAUCACCAAAGCCGGGACACAUCGAACGAGUCUCCUCCCCGAACGUACAUGGACAACACAAUGAGGACGAUCCUGUGAUCACGCAGAGAUUCCUCAAGAUCAAUGUGAGACACAUAACUGAUGGACAAGGCGUUGUGGGUGGAGUUCUUCUCGUGACACCCAAUGCUGUCAUGUUUGAUCCCAACGUGUCCGAUCCGUUGGUGAUUGAACAUGGCCCAGAGAGCUAUGGUGUAAUUGCACCCAUGGAUUUGGUUGUCAACGCAGCAAUCUUUCAUGAUAUUGCCCACAUGAGAGUGGGCAAUGAGGCGAGCAACGAGAAGCCCGAGGUGUAUUAUCCCAAACCUCUAGUGAGUCGCUACGAAGGCACUCACUCACCUGGGAAGGACUCCCUGCUGGUGAAGGAUGAGACCUUCCCAGAGCUGGGUGUGGGCUCAGUAGAGGGUUGUGAUGAUCAGGAGAGCGUGUGCUCCAGCAAUGGACGCGAGGGUGAUGCUUUUCCCAAGGCAUUCGAUCGGGAUCUUGUGACACCGACAAAUCUCCAACAUGCUGAGCAACUGGAAGAGUUUAGAAAUGCACGUGAAGCUACAACCAAGGCACUUUCAAUGGAGUCAGCAACAUCCACAGAAGCCAAAGAGGCCAAGCCUGAUGACCAUAAAGAUGAGGCUGAGGAGGCCGAAGAGGGGACACUUGAUGUGAUGACGAGUGAGAUGAAGAGUCUGGAGGAGCGCAGAAAGAGUCUGUUGGAUCACCAUUGGGCCAUUCCCAGCAAAGAUAGAUAUUGUCAUUCCAAUAGUCAAAGAUCUCAGGAGGAUGAGGAUGACCUGGCUGAGGAGAGUCUCGAGACAGUGGCAUCGAUCCCACCGCCACAGCCAAUGAUUAGUCAGCCCGAUGAGGAGGUGGAUGAUCAGCAGCUCGUCAAACUGUCGUGCCAUGAUUCAGGGAUUGACAUUCGUGAUCCCAAUUCACUGCCACUGCCGGGCGUUCAGCAGAUACCUACGAAGAAGGUGUACAGCGAUGCAGACAUUGUUCUCAGUUCAGACUGGGUGCCACCGCUGACCAUUGCAUCAUCCCAUUUCACUGACAGCCCACCACGAUCUGGGCAGAUGGUGAUCAGUGGCCAAUCGACGAUGCAGUCGAACAGCCUUGACCAGAGUGGGCGCAAGAAGACGUCAAGUGUGAGCUUUAGCGUGGAAGAUAGCGAACAUCAGGCCACGGACAGAACGGGUGAUAAGAAGAACAAGAUGCUGAAGCGAUUGUCAUAUCCUCUGGCGUGGGUGGAAGGUCUCACUGGUGAAGGAAAUAAGUCUGAAUCGAUUGAGUCAGCACCAAACACUGGUGACUCCAGUCAGAGUGUAUUUUCUAAAGUAUUCUCCAGUUCCCCAAUAACUUUAGUAUCGGAAUUGGGUGGAAAUUUGUUCUUGUCGAAAACACCAUCCGAAGAUUCUGGGGGCUCCCCAGUUCCCCCAUUGACACCACACGAGGGGCAAGGUACCCCCGGACGCUCAUCAAUUGGAACAUUCAUACGACCAAGUCCGAGUUCCUCAGAGUCUUCUCAUCCGUCAUCUCAUAAAUCCAGCAAAGCACCACCGCCGAAGCUGGAUUAUCGAUCAAUGGUUUCAAUUGACGACAUGCCGGAACUCUUUGUCAGCUUCGACAAAUUGAUUCCACGGCCAGCUCGCGCAUGUCCGGAUCCGCCGCUGUACUUGAGAUUAAGAAUGGGCCGACCACUUGGGAAGUCGGUGCCCUUACCAACUUCAGUCAUGUCGUAUGGCAAGAAUAAGUUGCGACCCGAAUAUUGGUUCAGCAUUCCGAAAAAUCGCGUCGAUGAACUAUUUCGAUUUUUGAAUUCCUGGGUUCCGCAUUUGUAUGGUGAGCUGAAUGAGGAGAAAGUGGCUGAACGUGGAUAUGAACUCAUUCAGCACGACACCGAAUGGGCUCAAGGAGGUGUUUCCAAGGAGGGUCGAGUCAAUAGUGAUGGUGAGGACAUUGCUGAAUUAACUCGAGAGUCAUGGGAGCUGCUUAAGGCGCCCUACGUUAAAAUCUUCAAUAUUAUCAAAAGUCAAACAGGAUCCAACGAUUUGGAGGGUGUUGAGGUGCUGUCAAUGAGUGCGGAUGACUAUCGCAAAUCGGCGCUCUUUCCGACUGGCUCAUUUGAUCUUGAAUUCCCCAUCCCGGAUUUAGUUGGACAAACUGAAAUUCUAACAGAGGAACACAGGGAAAAAUUAUGCGGUCACCUUCCUGCUCGUGCAGAAGGAUACUCGUGGUCAUUGGUCUUUAGUACUUCACAACAUGGUUUCUCACUCAAUUCUCUCUAUCGGAAAAUGCACAGGCUCGAAAGUCCCAUAUUGAUUGUGAUACAAGACACAGGAAAUAAUGUGUUUGGAGCUCUGACUUCAUGUUCUCUGCAUGUUUCGGAUCACUUCUACGGCACCGGUGAAUCUUUACUGUACAAAUUCAAUCCCAGUUUCAAAGUCUUUCAUUGGACAGGUGAAAAUUUGUAUUUCAUCAAAGGCAAUCCAGAGAGUCUGUCGAUAGGAGCUGGAGAUGGAAUAUUUGGACUAUGGCUGGAUGGUGAUCUCAACCAGGGACGAUCACAGCACUGUUCGACGUAUGGAAAUGAACCACUGGCGCCGCAGGAAGACUUUGUUGUAAAAACCCUUGAAUGCUGGGCAUUUGUUUAAAGAAUGUCAGUCAGAUAGUUUAUCCUUAAAUCUUCUUAUUUAAAAACUUUUUUUUAAUUCAUUAGUUUUAGUGAGUCAUUAAGAAUAAUUAUUUCUUUGUGAAAACAACCCAUCAUAAUUUACAUGAAAUAUCUUGAUGAUGUGAGAACUUAAGUACAUAUUAAAAGUUAUAUAAGUUGUGUAAAGUAGAACAAUAUUCAUGAUAGCCAUUAAGGAAAGCAGUUCUGUAAGUAUUGAAGGAAUGAUUGCUAGAAGUUGGCACGAAUGUGCGAGAGAGACGAUGAAAGACAGUAAAAAAAGAAAAAGAAUUUUGAUUAGAGAAAUGGCGAUGAGAUGGAGAAUAUUUGCAAUGUUUAGAUGGGUGAAUCGAAGGAGAAUUAAAAAAUGAUUUGUUAAUAGUAUAUUUUUUAAUUAAAAUAUUAAUAAUAUAUUUUUAUAAAUGUAUGUGAUACAAAUUGCGUUUAGGUGGAGCAAUACAGAAAAUGUAGUGAAACUAUUUCAGAAAUCUAAACUAAAUGGAGAAGACCUGAUGCUACUUGAGAGACAGACGUAAAAAGAAAAAAAAAGUAUGCAGUAGAACACAGGCGAAAGAGGAGAAAUCUUGCGUAGUGGAAGAGAUUCACAAUUUAUUUUUUCUAAAUUUCAACAUUGAAGGUGUUUUAACAUAACCAGAAAUAAAGUAGAGUGAAAUAUUGUGAUGUUUAAACAUUAGGCAAGACAACAAAACAUACAAGUGGUGAUGAUGAAAAUUUUUCAGGGAUUUCCUCCCCCAUUAAAACCCAAAGCAAGAUGACAAAAGAAAAAUAUAAGAAGCUUAAUACAAUUUGAAUGAAAUACAGAAAAUGCAUUUGAAUUCAAGAUAGAUGAUAUUUUCUGAUGAUAAAGAAUUCUAAGAUUGACAUAUUGAUUGUAAAUCCUAAACUCAAAAUGCUGCAUUAGAUGAUGAAAAAAAAUGGUGAAAAAAAAGAGAUUAUAUAGAGAAUAUAUUUUGGUCAAUUUGAGGACAUGAUAAAGAUAUGCAAAGUAUUUUAAACGGAUGACAAAGUAAUUAAGCAUGAUAAAAGCGUUAAUGAAUAAUGAAGAUGAAAUGCAAUGUUUUGAAUGAAGACAACGCUAAUUUCACACUAAUUGUAGUUAUUUGUGUACUAGAAAUUGUCGAACUUCAUUACACUGCAAUGAUUAUUUUGCAUUCAGACGCCAUCAAUGAGUAUUCAAGAAUAAUGAUGCAAAACGAGCGGGACGCAAAAGUAAUAAGAGUAAUUUGCGCUUUUCAUGUAAAUUGCAUGUCUGUGUAGGUAUUGGAAAUAAUCUACAGAAUUGCACAAAUAGCAAUUAAUUGUUUCAGUGUGUCACUAGACUUCCUAGCUUUGCAUUAGACUAAAGUGAGUAAAUCUUCACUGUAGUUUGGUAGGAUGAAUUAUUUUUCGGAAGAUCCUUUUUUUUAUGGCUCUAUUGACAAGAGAGAUUUCUUCUUUUCUUUUCUUUGUCAAAAUAUGUAUCUCUAGAGGACUUACCAAACUUGUAUGGUGAACCAAGAAGCACAUAAUAGGCACUCUAAUGAUGAGAGAAAUGUUUGAUUUGAUAAACAUACACUCUUUGUGUGUUGUAACUACACCUAAAAUGAAAAUUACUUGAAUGUGUUGUUUAUGGACAAAUGUUGAGAGAGAAGCAUAAACUAUUUUAAGAAAGAGUUUGAUCUAUUUUUUUAACGACAAGCGAAAAGAUGGCAAGAAUUGAAAUAGAACACAAUACACACAACAACGAAAGUGAAUGAAAGUGGAUAUUGGAAUUGAAUAAGGCUAUUGGACAGUAACACGGUUGACAGAAAGGCAUUGCAGUGCGUCUUCAGGUUGCUUUAAGGGUGUGCAAAUCGUGAAAGUUUUGACCUGAGGACGUACUUAGUAAACAACAUUACAACUGCAAUCAAACAAUCUCACAUUUUCCCCAAAGUAGAGCAUAAGUGACAGAAUAAUGUGGGAAGGAAAGUUGCAAAGGGGGUGUGUAAAGGCUAUACUUGAAAAUUGAGAUGCUGAUGCAAAACACAAGACCAAAUUUAUAUAUAAAAGAAAAAAAAAACAUAAUAAUCAGAAGAAUAUACAUUAAAACAAUUUAAGAAUAGAGAAGAACAUAUUUUACAAUGAGCAAACAUGUAACUUAACUUGUAAAGUUGUAAGUAAACGUAUUUAGAGGAGUAACAUGCGAAAAAAAAAUCUGUAAUUCAUAUAAUUCCAUAAUUGAAAGAAGUAUUAUUGGCCUCAAAGUCGGACAGUCACGCAGCAAGAGCUCUUCCUCCGGCACCCACUAUUUCGUAAUUGACGAUUGGCGAGAAAAUUCACCGAAUUGUUGAUAUAUUUGUAAUUUUUGGAGCACUCGUUGUUUUUUCCUUGCUGUUGCUAAGUAGUGGCAAGCCGUAGGAUGGCAUCGUAGAUGUCACAGCCUCUCAACAAGAUGUUGGCAUUAGUGGGAGGGAGAGCUCGUUGACUUGUUCGAUUUGUAAAUAACCAAACUAUACAUUAUACUAAAUAUUUGAAAUGAAUGAUGAAUAUUUUAGUGUAUCACAUCAUUGAAUUGCCACACACCACUAAAUAUAUAUUGAUAAAUGAUGAGAGAAAUGAAUUAAUUAUGUAACUUCUGUCAAUUAAUAUCGUAGACUGGAUUUAUCCAUAUAUGAGACAUUUGUUAUGUAGUGGAAAUAAUGCAAAAUAGAGACACUUUUUGCCAAAAGAUUAUUAAAAAAAAAGAAACAUAUUGGAUGGCUUUAGCAGACAAAAAACAAUACAUUGAUUGAAGAAGAAAAAAAGUGACACAAUAACACUUGAUAUUGAGUAUUAAAGUGAAUUGUUGAUCAGAGUCCAUUUCUCUAUCGCGGCUUUGUCCAGUGAAUUACAGGACUGAUCAUUUUGUAGGAUCAACGCGGAAGAGAGUGGAGACACUCUUCGGUAUAGAAUUUUAGUAGCACCCUGUAAGAGAUUGAUAAAAAUUGAUAAUAUAUGCUGCCAAGAUCGGAAAUAUUCCUCUCGCACAUUUAUUAGGGUGCUUCUUUUUGUGUGAACAUGUCAAAUCGUAAUGAUAGAUUUUUUUGAUGAGAAUAAAACAAUUUUGAAGUAAAGGGAUAUGAAGAACAGAGAAUUUUUGUAGAGAAACAUGUGAUAAGUUAUGAAAUUGGUCGUAAGAAACUUGAUAAAAUCUCUAGCAAUAUAUCAUGCAACUAUUCUGGAUUGGAUUUAUCAAUGGUUCAUGCGACAACUUUCUAACUGAUCUCAUGAAUGUCUAACAAAUAUCUUUGUGAGUAAAAAAAAACAAAAUGUGCUGUAGAGCCAGAUGAAGAAGUAAGAAAAAAAAACUUUCUGAAAACACAGCUUUGUCAGUUGCGAGUAGACGCAGAGCAGAGAUAAAUCGUGUAAAAUGUGCUUAUCCUUACACACAAAGUAAUGUUAGAACAGAACACAAUAAUUAAAGACAAAAUGAAGUAUAUUAUGCUAAUAAUAUUAAUCAGUAAAUGUACUAAAUGUAAAUAUCUAUUGAUAAACUACCAUAUCCUAUAUAUUGAAGAAGAAGAAGAAAAAAAUCCAUGGGGAAGUGUUUGGAGAAAUUUUCUGAAAACCUAUUCAAUUUUCAAGAUUUUUUGUAACGAAGACGAAAUAAUUCAAUUUUUAAAAACCAAUUUUUGCAAAAAAGUGAGAAACACAAUUUUGACAACGUCAAAAUGAUUUUUCUAUUGAUAUGGCGGCGAAAAAAAAGAGGAGAAAAAUGUAACUUUAAUCCUAUUCUAACUUCCUCUCGAAAGGAAAAAAAAAACCAAUGCAGAGAGAGAGACAUUUCAUGGAGAAUGCAAAUGGCAAUGAGAAGGAAAAGACAUUCUACCAGUUUAUUUUCUACUUUAUUAUUGUUUUAGUUUUUUGAGAAAAAGUUUCACAUGAAAAAUGCUUUUUAAUUGCCCACAAAAAUUUGAAAAUUCAUUAAAAAGAUUGUACGAGAGAGAAAUCAGAGGUGAAAAAAAAUGAGUAAACACAGAGUAAAAAAAAUAUAUUAACCCUUUGAUGAAAGAAAUAAGAUGUAAUAACCAUUGAAAUAUUCAUUGAAGUUUUAGUGCGCAGUAUAUAAAGAAGAGAUGAAAAUGCAGUUUAGCUGAUAGUGAAGAGAGUAUGAAAAAAACAUAACUAUAUGAUAUUUAUGUAUUUGAUUGUAGAUGAGCAAGAUAUAAUGGAAUAAUUAAACAUGAAAAUACAAUAAACACAUGUUACAUAAAAACUAA